ACAUAUUGAGACUAUUCACUAACACGCAGGGUGACUGUGGAUCCCAACAGCGGCUUGUUGUCUGCCGACAGUGUUGUGAUGAAGACGGAAGUGAUAGGAGGACUUCCCUCUGGCCAGCAAUUCAUUCCUUUUGGAAACAGUUAAAGGAAUAUACAACUGCCUGCCCAGACAUGUCUACUGCAUACAGAAACAGAAUACAGGAGUUCAAAGUAGCUUUGAGUGAAGAGACCAUAAACCUGAAGACACUGAGGGACCUGUGCUUCAAUGGAAUCCCAUUUGAAGGAGGCAUACGAGCACUUUGCUGGAAAAUCCUUCUUAAUUACCUACCUCUCAAUCAGACAUUAUGGGAGUCUUUCCUCAAAAAGCAGAGGGAUGUGUACUCCCAGUUCUUAAAAGAAAUGAUCAUCCAGCCUGGUAUUGCCAAAGCCAACUUGGGCCUUUCCAGAGAAGAUGUGACAAUGGAGGACCAUCCUCUAAAUCCGAACCCGGAUAGCAGGUGGAAUACCUAUUUCAAAGAUAAUGAAAUUCUUCUACAGAUUGACAAGGAUGUAAGGCGGCUGUACCCAGACAUGGCGUUCUUCCAGCGUCCUACUGAAUACCCUUGCCAACUUAUCUUGGACCCUCAGAAUGAUUAUGAAACGCUGCGACGACGAGUCGAACAAACCACCCUGAAAGCACAAACUGUAAACCGCAACCGCAGUGGAGUCACCAAUGUCAGCUCUCCUGGAAAGGCGUUGAACCUGUAUCCAUCUAAUGAAUAUGAGGUGCUGCCUAAUGGGAGCGAAGCACACUGGGAGGUGGUGGAGCGGAUCCUCUUCAUCUAUGCCAAACUCAACCCUGGGAUUGCUUAUGUACAGGGCAUGAAUGAGAUUGUUGGGCCAAUUUACUACGCCUUUGCCACGGACCCCAACAGUCAGUGGAAAGAGCACGCUGAAGCAGAUACAUUCUUCUGUUUCACCAACCUGAUGUCGGAGAACAGAGACAACUUCAUCAAAAGCCUGGAUGACUCUCAGUGUGGCAUCACAUACAAAAUGGAGAGUGUGUACUCCAUGCUCAGAGACAAAGACCUGGAGCUCUAUCUCAAGCUGGAAGAGCAGAACAUCAAACCCCAGUAUUUCACAUUCCGAUGGCUGACCUUGUUGUUAUCUCAGGAGUUCCUCCUGCCAGAUGUCAUCCGCAUAUGGGACACUCUUUUUUCUGAUGAGGACAGAUUCCACUUCCUCAUCCUGGUCUGCUGCGCUAUGCUCAUACUCAUCAGAGAUAACUUACUGGCAGGAGACUUCACAGUGAAUAUGAGAUUACUGCAGGAUUACCCCAUCUCAGAUGUCCACACCAUUUUGACUAAGGCCAAAGAGCUGCAGGAUAACUCCUAACCUAUUCACUCUUGUCCUCCUGCCUUCUCUGCUAAGAUGUGGUAGGUGGGAGCUCAAACAUUAGAAACAUUUUCAUGUCAAAUGUGUAUCGUGGGAGGACUUGAUCAAUGAAUAGCCUGGACACAUGUUUUGGGAAAACCAGCAUAUUGGUUUUUAAUUAGAUGUCUAAUGUUUGGUCAGGGGGGACUCCUGUGAAAACCUGGAAGACAUGUUCAAACUAUUGCUUCCUCAGAGUGUGGAGGAGAUGCCACUUGCUUCUUGAUGCAUUAUGGGAAAAUACUGCCUUGGUACAUGGUCCUCCUCCCCUCACAGCCAUCUUUCCUGCGGAAACUUGUGAUCAUAUAAUGUUGUUUGCACUGAACAUCUGAGGGAGAGGGAGCCACAUUAAACGUACACUACCGAUGUUACUUUGUCAUGAAAACAUUCUAGUACCGGAGCCAAGAAUUAAAAAAAUUCAACUGCGAUCAUGUCUGUAGUCAGAUUGAGCGUUUAAUUGGGUUGAGCAAUAGUGCAUGUUUAUUCUUUAAGGGUUUUUUUAAUUUUUAGAAGCUGAAUGUUUUUAAUGUAAGAAACAUGUAUGCCUUAGCUGUUUAAUGAUGUGAAACAGGAAACAGUAUUUCUGGGUAUACUGUGUUUCUGUCUGGUAAAAUAAAUAUGAAGUGAUGGCCCUGGCCAAUUGAAUAUUGUACAGUCCUGGUUUAAAUUAUUGGCAGUCUUUAAUGUUACGUAUAGAACUUAAAAUAUCUUCAGAUAUAAAUGUAAAUUAACCAAUUUUGUAUAAUCAGAAUCUUUUAAUAAAAUGUCCAGGGUUA